UCAAGCAAACUGAAAAACGGUCUUCAAUUUUGCCCUACCACCAAAUUUUGUGGACUUGAAAUCAUUAAAUUGUCAACACUUUUUUCUGAUUUUUGUUAAGGAGAAUAUUUGGACCUUUGGUCGAAAGAUGUUUAGUUCAAAAUACGUGUAAUUCAAGUGCUUUCGGACCGUCAGCAUCCUUUCUGCGUGUUGGGACGUAGAUAAUUCAGAUUGGCGUAGAACUACAAUUCGCCGUUUGGAUCGUUUGGAUGCGAUUUCAUUGUGCCUGUCUGUUGUUUCUAGCUUUGCGAUGCCUUCGAAACGUUGGUUGAGUUUCUCACUCCUUCAUUUUAUCAGCACUGUGAUUUAGCACUGCUUAUUAUAAAAUUUGAUCGAAAACCUGUUUAUUCUUGCUGUUGGUGUGCGUGGCAGUUGUAUGUUGGCUUGAUGGAUGCAGCGAUGAUUUACGCGGGAGAACAAGAAUAUCACAAAGGGGAUGCCGUGUUUGCGGUGUGGGGCGAUGCAGAAGGUCCGAAGCGGCGAUGGUACGCUGCGUUCGUUUUGGGACCUGCCAAACACUCGAAUCUGCUGAUCGAGUGGGGCGAAGGUGGCACACAGGCCGUCGUGCCUCCCAGGGAUAUGGUACGUGCCCGCCAGCUGCUGAAGCCCGACACGCGCGUGCAUGUCCACGAUUCGGACAAGAACGAUUUCUACCAAGAAGUUCUCAUUAUCCGAUAUCUCUCGCACCACCGCUACGAGGUCCGCGGCAAACGAGGCCGUGUAUUCAGUGUGUCGUUCUCGGAUAUGAUGAUCGAUGACAUAUUCGUGGAGAUCUUCCGUCGAAAGCGUGCUAAACAGCGACUUCCGCCCAAGUGGAUGAUUGACUAUCCUUACUUGUGGUAUCGCAGUCCGCACUUGUUUCUGUCUGAGCAUUGGUUCAUUUUCACCACACCCAGCAAACUUCCGCCGGAGUAUUCGGUGGAAAAAUGGGAAAAAAUUAAAAAGAAAAUGGCGGCAAUUAUAGAAUGCCGCGGCGGUAAAGUCGUCAACAGCAUGGAAGAAUUGCUUCAGGUGGAAAUAAAACGCUUCCGCUUCCUUAUUGCACCCGAUUCCUGUCAGACUGUGAAAUUUUAUCAGGCUUUGGCGGCCAGCAUUCCGUGUAUGUGCCCAGAAUGGAUACUGAGAAUGCAGAGAAAAGAUAUGUAUAUUGAGGAUAAUAGUCGUUAUCGAUUACCGACACAGCGAGGCAGCCGCGGUGAACCUACAGUGCUAUGGGGGCAAGAAAGGCCGCUGACACUGUUCGAUAAUCUCCGGGUGUGCUUAGUGCAGAAUCAAGAUCCAGAAUUUUGUUCUACCUGGACACUGGCAGUUAAGGCAGGGCAAGGAAUAGUGACGUGCAUUCCAGAUGCAGUUGAUGAUUUUCUGGAUAUGGAAGCCUUUGACGUGGUUGUCGGUCGAAAUUCCAUUUCAGGCGGACUGAAGGAUCAGUUUGAGGAGAACAACAUUCCCGUUGUCGCUGAACAGUGGCUGGUCAAGAGCUUGAUUUAUGGCGAGAAGCCGGAAUAUGAUCAUCCGGCUUUCUUCCUUAAAACCAGACGUGACAGCAGGAAACGGACACGUUCGCUGGAAGUGGAGGAAAUGGACCCUCUGCCAAGAAGGUCAAAAUAUCGUAGUGGAUACUUGACAGAAAAUGGAUGGCAUUGAGUUACGAUGCUCAGUCAUCAAACUAGAAAGGUUUUUUGCAGUAUUUCCCUUUUUUUUCCGUCUAAAUCUAUUUGUGGAUGGUUCAAACUUUUUGGUUACCACUGCGGUAUCGUGGUCUGUUUAUAAUUAGUUCGUUAUCCAAUUUGUAUGGUUUUAGGGAACACAGUUUCUGUUUUCAGUGGGCAUUUACCUUAAUUUUCGCAACGCGGAGUAAAUUAUUUUUGGUGUUUACAUUUGUUAAUACCUCACCUUUGAUGGCUUGAUUGCAUGGUGUUCGGCUUACCCUUUCUCGAUUGCUUAUUGGAAUGAAACGUUUUUUGUGCAAAAUUUAGAUGAUAACAGGGAGAAAUGGAAAAAAUAGA